GUGAGGACCACGCUAGUCUCUAGAUCAUAUUAGUAAAUAAAUAUUUGUUUAAUACACUGUAAAUUGAAAACAGAUCCUAAGAUGCUUUAUCUGGAAGAUUUCGUUGAGAUGAUUGAACAUCUCCCACAGGAAUUGAGAGAUAGGUUUACAGAAAUGAGAGAAAUGGAUUUAGGAGUUCAGAAUGCAAUGGACCGGCAAGAGGAAAAAGCAGAAAAACUAUUUACCAAUGCCAAAAAAAUGAAGCAGAGUGAUAGGGAUGUAGAAUAUGAAUCGAUAAGGCAGGAAUAUUACAAAAUUUUAGAUGAUGCUGAUGAGAAAGUACAUCUUGCUGAACAAAUGAAAGACUUGGUAGAAAGGUAUCUUAGGCGACUAGAUCAAGAAACACAUAAAUUUAAAAUGGAAUUAGAAGCAGAUAACAAAGGCAUCACAGAAAUUUUAGAAAAGAGGUCCUUGGAGCUUGAUCAGCCACAAACGAAUAGCAGUCAAAAAGAAAAUCGUUAUAGUUUUAGUACUAGUAGAUCUAGAGACAAUCACAGUCACUCUCGAUCGGAAAAGCGAAGAGACUCGAACGCCUCAUCGACAUCGAUCGAGAAGCGUUUGGCCCCCGAGAAAAUCGUCACACCCAGCAGUAGUCUUCCGGAGCCAAAUCGGCCGACGACAGUAAACUCAGGUCCAUUGUCAGUACCACCAUCGCCAUUACCCGCGACAGCACCAAGCAGCGGCGGCGGCGGUCUGGCUAAUUCCGUCGGGCCUGUCAGUUAUAAUCUUGGUCACAUAGGUGCCGGUGGUAAUGCCAUAGCAGCUGCUGCAUCACAAGCCAUUGCCGCGACACAGCAUAUGCAGCAAGGCAGGCGAACGGCCAGCUUGAAAGCAAGCUAUGAGGCUAUCAAUACGGGUGGUGUACACGCUGCCGAAUUCAGUAGGGAACUUGCCGGAGCCGCGCAAACCGCCAUCGCGGCUAUUCAGGAAUCCUCGAAAAAGCAUAAGAAAAAAGUAACAUCGGCUAGCGUACCAAACGCUAGUGUGAUGCCAUCGUCGGCGCAGCAGCAGCACCAGUCUCAUCAAGCACAACAGCAAGCACAGCAUCAAGUGCAGACGCAUCAAGUGCAACAACAACAACAGCUGCAACAAUCGGUAGUGGCAGCAGCGCAAGCAGCGGCUGCCGCGGCAGCUGCAGCACUACAAGCUGUCGGUGGAACGAUCAACGUCAGUCAUGUCGCGGGUGCGGCGACCGGCGCUCAAGCGACCGUCGUUGCUGAUGCCGAGAACCCUGACUGGACUUACGAUCCUAACGAACCACGAUACUGCGUUUGCAAUCAAGUGUCCUAUGGAGAUAUGGUUGCGUGUGAUAACGCAGACUGUCCGUUUGAGUGGUUCCACUACCCGUGCGUAAAUAUAACCGCGCCGCCGAAGGGCAAAUGGUAUUGCCCACAGUGCACGUCCUCCAUGAAGCGCCGGGGCAACCGAAAGAACUAAAUACGCUUUUUUUGUUAAUCUGCAGCGGUACUACGUAUCGCUACUACCUCUUCGCCAACUCUCUUCGCUCGUUCAGGAAGAGAGUGUUCUAAAUAAUUAGUUAGCUGAGCAGCCGACUCUACGAAUGAUACAAUUUUUAUAUAAAGUUUUUAAUCGACGCGCUGCGAUACGUUAUUAGUAUCGUCGAUGCGGCAAAACUAGGUAGGAUAAUAUUUUGCGAAUUAUUAGUGAUAUAAGCGCUGAAGUGAGACGAAGGACGAUGUAUCUCUUUUAUUUUAAUUGUCGCUCGUGAAUGAACAGUGUUCACGAUCAUUGCAUUUUAUUGACUUUUUUCUCUGUUGAUAAUGCCGAGAUUCGAAUGGUAAGGAGGUUUUAAAGCGUUUACGAUGUUUUUAAAAUAGAAAUCGGAGACUAUAGUGGUUUUUUUAGCUUACGGAAUUAUUACAAGAUUUAUUUGUUUCUUUUUUUCAUUCUAUAACAUCAACAAAACAUGUAAUUUGAUCGAAAAAAUAUGACGCUUAUUAAAUGUAUAGUGAAUGAAAAAAGGUGAUAAGACUUGAAAAUAAAAUAUUCAAUGUAUAAAAGAAGUACAUUCUAACAUUAGAUAAACGUAUGGGUAAAUAGUGUAAAUAAAUUCGAUUUCACUUGUUUCAAUAAUAUUCGAUGACAAAUUAACUGUUUGCAAAUAGACGAUUGCAAUAAAAAACAAGGUUAAUGUCAAAAUCAUGUGUACAAAAAUUGGAGUUAGAAACAAUGAGAGUUUUUUCAAAACUUCGUAUCAGCGAACGCAUUACUACGAAAAUUUGCAAAAUUUAAAUUUUGCAGUGGGAAGACCAUUAUUCAGACCAGAAUUGUAUUAUAGUGAUCCAAUAUUAAAGAAAAAAUCGUCGACUUAUCGUCACCAUUACGAUGUAAAAAAGUCGACUGAAAAAAUUGUAGAAUUCUACGGGAAAUUUGAUUUGAUUUCUACACAUACUUUGAAAAAUCUUUAUGAUGAAUAUAAAUGUAAACCUGUUACCUUUCUGAAAUAUGACAGAACGCUUUCAGGUUUGUAUUCAGAUUUCAUUGUAAAAUUAACCAUUAAGUAUUUGUUUUGUCAACAUAAGUUUGCAAUAAAUUGUCAAUUAAGCUGAUUGUUAAAAGAAUUAAUUUGUUUGUCUUGAAACAAUAAUCAAAUAUUAAAGCUACGCUUAUGUUAUAUGAAUUCGUGUUUCUUUUGUUCAUUUAAUUAAGGUUUACAUUACAAGGAUCCGUCAGGAUCGUAUGAAACGAAAAUGCUGGAAAAAUUUUGUAAUGAAAGUUCAAAUGUGGCAAAAGAAAUAAACAGUUCUUCA